UAUGAAUCAGCCAAUGAAAACGAAGAAAAGAGGGCGGAAGAAGAACAGGACAUCCAUGAACUUGUGAGCAUCCCGGCUGUUGACCAUGUUAUCCUUAACCAGAACCGCCGGUAUUCACUCUCAGGUGUGUCACCUGGUCAACACUCAGCUGUUCACAGUGACAGCGCUGAGAGUCCGGACACUGUCGAACCAGGUAAGGAGAUUGUCUGACUUUACGGGGGUCCGUCCGUUUACCAAACAUCCGCUGAAUCCCAUCUGUCAUCUUCCGAACAAAUGGUUAGAGAGCAGAGGAGAUGGUGACCGGUGGAAGAAAAGCAUCCAUCUAACGUCCUCCAGGCAGGAGAAAACCAGCCCUGUGCAGAUAAGUGAGGCAGAAUAUGAGAAGCUGGCAGACGAGACACUGGAUGCUCUGGCUGAGUAUUUUGAAGACCUGAUGGAUGAAGCUUUCACUGCAGCAGACUACGAUGUUGUCUUCUCUAGUGGUGUGCUGACAGUGAAGGUGGGUGGGGACCAUGGCACUUAUGUCAUCAACAAACAGACUCCAAACAAACAGAUCUGGCUGUCCUCUCCUACAAGUGGGCCAAAGCGCUACAGCUGGACAGGUGAACGCUGGGUGUACACUCAUGAUGGCAUAAGCCUCCAUCAGCUGCUUUCUGAGGAGUUUUCCAUUAUCUUUAAUAAAAACAUUGACCUUUUUGACUUAGCCUAUUCCUGAGUCCCCACACCUACUGAUGACCUGCCUGCGAUGUGACUCAUGAAACAACUAUAGAGAAUAUGGGAGACAAAGACACAUACUCAUGACCUUUAAGAGAGCAGUUGUAUAUAAUGUCACUGUGUGUGAGCUGGUCUGUUAUCUGUACAUUCUGCAGUAAUAUAUUGUACAUUUGUAUUUUCUCAUUUAUUAUGUAUAAAUAAAAAAGAAGAAAAGA